GUCCGCCCCCAGAACACUUGCUGGCGGACAGUGCGGCUGGACAGCCAGCGGCGCGCCCCGCCGUGCCGUCGCCACUUCCGCCCCCAUCCCGCUUGCGCUUGCUGGGGGACGACGCUUUCGAGGCGUCCGACGUCUUCGAUGCGGAGACGUUGCAGGCGGCCGUCGACGCGGCGUGGCGCUCCUGGGCCCGCGCCCGCACCCAGUGGGAGGAUGCCGUGUCGGUCCUCGCGGCCGCCGUGGCGGCGCGCGACGCAGCGGAGGCGCGGGCCCGUGCUCAGGCCCAGGCGCCCGUGGAUGGGCUGACCGGCAGUUCUGCAGCCGCAGCCGCAGCCCUGCAGGUCGAGAUCGCUGAGACGCCCGUGCCCGAG